UCUGAGCAGCUGGUUCCUGUCCAGGUAAAGAUCAACCACAGAUGUCUCCAGAAACAGGAGCUAUCUUCACGUUUGGAAAGAGCAGUUUUGCUGAUAAUGUGCCGAGCAAGUUCUGGUUGAAGAAUGACCGUCCACUGCACCUGUCCUGUGGAGGAGAGCACACUGCAGUCAUCACAGAAAAUGGGAGGCUGCUCGUGUUUGGUGGGAAUAAUUUGGGCCAACUGGGGCUGAGACUGAAGUCGGCUGCCAGCAGACCUUCUUCUGUGAAAGCCUUGAAGUCUGAGAAGGUGAAGCUUGUGGCUUGUGGGAGAGAUCACACCAUUGUCUGCUCAUGUGGGGGCGUUGUGUAUAGUGCUGGCAGUAACCAAACCGGGCAGCUCGGUUUGGGGCACUGCAACAACACUACAUCCUUUCACCUGCUGCAGCCGUUCUGUGACUGGGCUCCAAUCAAAAUGCUUUCUGCAGGAUGCAACACCUCAGCUGCCUUAACAGAGGAUGGGAGGCUGUUCAUGUGGGGAGACAACUCUGUGGGUCAGAUCGGUUUAGGGGACGAGGGAUUUGCAGCAGAACCCAGAGAGGUGAUGGUUGGAGAACAGGUGAUGUGGGUCUCCUGUGGGAACCGCCACUCAGCCUUCAUCACAGUGCACGGCGAUCUCUACACAUUCGGUGAGAGUGCAAAUGGAAGACUUGGCCUCCAGGUGGAGCAGCUGUCCAAUCACAGAGUCCCUCAGCAGGUGCAAGGCAUUCUGGGUCGAGUCAUUCAGGUGUCCUGUGGAGGGGAGCACACUGUGGCACUGACAGGGGAUGACGUGUACACGUUUGGCAGAGGUCAACACGGUCAGCUCGGACACGGAACGUUCCUGUUUGAAGUUCAUUCACCAAAACCGCUGGAGCACUUUAGUAGCAGCAGCAUCAAACACGUCUCCUGUGGAGAGAACCACACCGCUGUGAUCACAGACAGCGGGCUGCUCUACACAUUUGGUGAUGGCCGUCAUGGAAAACUGGGGUUAGGGGAGGAGAACUUCAUCAACCGGUUCAGCCCGACACUCUGCACUCGUUUUCUGCAGCUCAGUGUUCAGACAGUGUCCUGUGGUGGUCAUCACAUGCUGGUCCUGGCUGCUCCCAGACCACCACAGAGUGAACUAAUGGGACCAGAGAAAGGUGCAGUAAGCACAGACAACUUUCUGGAGUCCAGCUAUAAAGACACUUUGAUGAUUGAUCUAACUCCACUGGUCCCAUCCUUAUCUUGCUCUGCUCGAGCCCGGCACAGGGAAAAGGGGAGUUCUGUGGAGCUGUUUGGGGAGAUGUUUCAGAACCUCCCACGUCUAAAUUCUGCCUUCCUCAACACUUCUCAGCACACAUCCACAAAUAUCCCAUCCCUGAAAAAGCUUUCAAAGGAUGUCUUUACUCCUUCAUCUUCCCCCAAACCCCAAUCAGAAGCAACAGCAAGCCCACUUCUCUCCCCCAGAUCUCCUCUCUCCCCUCAGAGCCCAGCCUUCUCCUCUAAACCAUCAAGCCCACAUUCACAGUCAUCAUUUAUUCUUCAGAAAAAAGCCUCCAGCACGUCUUCCAAAGAGUCCAAAGAAUCCAAAUCCAAAGAGUUGCCUUCUCCUUUACUGUCACCAAAGUCUAUAACUAAAUUAAAGCCCAAACUUUCUGUGUCUGCUAAAAAGUUAGCAAAAAACAGAGUACACCAAGCAGGAACCUCCAAAAAGGCCUUAAAUAGUAAAGCGUCGUCUCCUUUACCCCCUAAAGAAAAGGCCUUCAAUAGCAAAAUGUCGUCUCCUUUACCCCCUAAAGAGCCCUGCAGCCCCACUAGACCCCCCACUCAUGCCUCCAUGAAGAGUCUCAGAGAGGAAGAGCAUCCCGCCUCGCCACAAACAGAGCAACAAACUGUGACUGACGAUGUGGAAGAAAAAGAAGUUGAUUCCAAGUUUUUGGCAAAUACGGAAAAGAAAAAGGGCAGAGCUCUUAGACAAACAGCUAAAGAGGCAGAGGCGUUCCACUCCAAUGGGAAGACGGACCAGAAAUCUCCUCAGGCCUUACCCUCAGAGAAAGAAGUGUCUCCACAGAGGAGUACAGAGAAAAAACAGAAAAUCACAUCUAAAGGCAAAGAGAAUAUUUCCAGUGAGUCAGUUAAAAUCAAAACUCCAGAAGACAAGCAAAAGGUCUCCAAUAUCAAGUCACCAAAACACAAUAAGAGCAAACUUUCAGAAUAUAGCCCAAAAGCUCAACAAUCGGUCUGGAAGACACUGACCGACGCACAGCAGAAACGGCCUGAAGUGAAGGAAGCUACCAGGAAAAACAGAAAUCUGAAAGCAAGUAAUGUAAACCAGAAAGAUGAGAAAGACGGCUCUUUAAAGAAUUAUGUAAUCAGGACCCCAAAAAGAGACAAAGUGACAUCAUUAGCUUUAGACAAGACCUCUCCUGUUUAUACAGGAGAUGAAACAACCAGUUCAGUGUCCAUAGAAAAUGCAGUAGAAGAGGAUGCAUUAAUGCAGUGUGAAAGUUCUGACAUCACACCUUUUGAAAUGGAGGUGCAGCCUAUCAAAUCAACUCCAACAAAAGAUCUGCAGGUUAAAUCUACACAAGGAAAAGGUGAAAGGACAGCAGUGGAUGUUAAGUCAUUACCAGCUAGAAAAGAAACUGGUCCUGUCACCGCACCUUCUCAGAUCAAAACUAAUAACUCUGUAGGUGUGAAAACUAGACCUGCAAGACUACAAGGGAAAUCACAAGAGCUCAAAUCCACACCUCCACACAAUGAUCAAAGUCAGCAUGCAGAAAAUCCCCUCAUUGAAUGCAAAGGAACAGAAGAAGGUGGAGAAACUGGGUUAAACACAGCUCAGAAAGUGAAAGGUAGAACUGCAGAUAAGCAAAAGUUACUUAAAGUAAAAGACAAAAAGAAGGCUGAAGAAUCCAAGACUGAACUGAAGGCAAAAACAAAACCACAGGGAGAAGAAGGAGAGCAAAUCAAACGUGGAGAGGAUGUUGACUAUAUAAUGCAAGAUACCACGGAGGCCAAGCUAAGGAGGAAGACUGAAGCUUCCAGCCUGCAGGCAUCACAGUGGGAUGCAUCUACUAAAGCCAUAAAUAACCCCAGUUCCUCUCAAAGCCCAAAGAGAACAGAGCUGGUUUCUGUCAGCGGUGCAGAAUCCCAGCAAGGCUCUGCACCUGUUGGUUCUGAAACCGACAGAGAGGAUGAUCAAGGCCUGACUGAGGAGAAACCCAGGUGGAGGGAAGUUCUCAGUAAUGCAGCAUCUUAUCUUCCAGCUGUUGGGAUGGCAGGAGCAGCUGUGGCAGUGCUUAGUGAGGCAGGAACACAAGUCAGAGGAUUCCAGCCUGACAGUGAUGAAGUUAUCGCUACACCACCUAAAACACCGGGUAUAGGGAGACGGUUCACCAAGCAGAGUGCAGUUACGCAAUCUUCCUUCUCCUCCACAUCGUCCCAAGAAGCAUCAGAUGAAGUAAAAGAUGGUGCAAAGGACGAACUAAGUGUCUUAUCAGAGUCAGGAAAAGCAGCACAAGAAGAAGAAAAUAAUGAUACUACUCAUAGUCUAUCAGAACAAGAGAUGGUGAAAAGUGUCACAUCUGAUCAGAUCAGGGGUGAAGACGAUGAAACUUCCCAGCAGGAACACGGAGAAGAGGAUGAAGAUGAGAAAACCUAUAAGGCUUCAGAAGAGCCUGAAGAUAUGCUGUCAGACAAAGCAGAUACUGAGGAUGAGGAGCCGAAGGGAGAUGAAGAAGGAGAGAGUGGAAGUGAAAUUAGCAGUAACAAAGAGGCUGAAGAAGAGAGUGUUUCAGGAGAGGGUGAGGACGAGAAGGAUAAUGAAUUUGAGGAUGAUGAGGAAAAAAGCUCCAGUAGUGGGGAAGAAGAUGAAGGAAGCAAUACAAGUGAUGCUACAGAAUCUGAAGGUGAAGAAAAAGACAGUAGGAAGGCAGCAAGUGAAGCAGGGAGUGGCUCUGAGGUUGAUGAAACAGCGGAGGACGGUGAAAGUGAAGAAGAGGAUAAGGAGGAAGAAGACAAAAGUGAGGAGGAAUCAGAGAGUGCUGACAGUAAAGAGUCGGGAGAAGAGGAGGACAAAGAGGGAAGUGACUCUGCAGAGUCGGCAAAGAGUGAAGAAGAAGAAAAUGAGGCUGAAGAAGAGGCUGAAAAUGAGGAACAGAAAGUUAAUCAAGACUCCGCCAAAAGUGAAGAUGAGGAGGAAGGCUCAGAAGAAGAUGAAGAGAGUGAAGGAGAGGAAGAUGGUGAUGAAGAACAAGAUAGUGAGGCUCAUGAACAGGAGGAAGAGCAAGGUAGAAAAAGUGAUGAAGAUAAUGAAGAGGAGGGUGAAGAAGAGGAAGAAGACAAAGAGGAGGAGGAGGAGGAAGAAGAUGAUAAGGGAGAGACUGGAGAAGAGGAGGGUGAAGAUGAAGAUAAGGGAGAGACUGCUGAAGAGGAAGAGGAGGAUGGUAUGGGGGAUGAGGAAGAAGAGGCUCAGGAAGAUGUUGCUGAGGAGGAAGGUGAAGAUGAAGAGGAGGAAAGUGAAGGUGAGGAGGAAGAAAAAUCUCAAAGAAAAGAUAAAGGUAAGGUGACUACCAAAAAGGUGGUGACAGAGAGUGAGGAGGAGGAAGAAGAGGAGGAGGAGGAAGUUGAAGAUACAAAAAUGACACAGAAAACAGAGACAAGACUUAAAAAUCUGAAAGAAGAACAAAAAAGGGGAGAAAGUGAAAAAGAUGAGGAAAGUGAGGAGGAGGAGGAGGCUAAUGAAGGGGAAUAUGAGGUGAGUGAGGAAGAGGAAAAUAGGGAAAAAGGAAAGGAGAGUGAGGAAGAAGAGGAUGAGGAGGAAGAAGUCAAAUCAACCAGAACAAGAAAGACUGAAAAGCAGAAGUUUCCUCUUAAAGCUGCUCCUCCACAAAGAGAAGACAAACGGAAAGACGCUCCCAGACCAGUGCCGAGGACGAAGCAGAGGACUACUGGGGAGAAGAAACCUGAAGACUCUCAGCAGUUCUGGAACGAUGUCCUGCCUCAGUACCUGGACCUGCAGUGACGUCACAAAAAGGUUUAAAGCUUCAGUCUGGUGUUAAUCCAUAAAUUAUCAAAGGUCAACAAAACACCUGAAAACACAGAAGCACUCGGAGCACUUUUUAACCUCAGUGUUUGUGACGCUCCAUUCAUUUAAAAUGAAGAGUUUUAAAAGCAAAUGCAUCCAGUUUAAUUUUUGAAAAGCUCAGUAAUCUCAAAACAGCCAGAUACUGCAGUUUUUAGCAAAUGUUACUCAUGCAAGAGACAAAACAUUUAUCUGGGACUAUUUUCAACUGCGGAGUAAUUUGGAGCUCUAUGGAGUAUGACAGCGGAGUCAUGCAUUUUGGAUAGACUUUAGAUUUUGGGUAUAAGUCUGAUAUUUCUGCCACGUAUUUCACACAGCAGAUUUUUUGAUAAAAUUUUUUGAUAAACAUUUACAAAAUGAAAAGAUUCUAAACUAAAGAAUUGAUCAAGCAGAACCUGAUGUGUUCUUUUUUCUAUGCACACUUUCUUCUUCCUUGUUAAAAAGGGUUACAGAUUUAGGUGUAUUGUGCCGGUAAAGGCUGGUAAAGCUUUAAUCUACUGAUCGUCAGGUGGUUCUUGUUAGUAAAAUACAUUCACUGGCUUUUCAUGGGAUUUGUUGACAGAAAACACUGAAUAUAACCAGACAGGUGCUUUAAAAAUGUAAAUGGGAUUCAAAGUGUGAUUGUCAAACAGAUUUGUUCUCCCAGUGAGUUAUUCAAUCGCUAUCUAUCAUCUGAUGUUUUCUUUUCAUCUGUAGACUUCAUGGCUUUUUAGUUCAUCUCUUUAUCUGUUCCAAUGCCAAAAUGUUUCAUAAUGUGUUCAUAUCACUUGUUUUUGCCUAGAUAAUGAUAAAUUAUAACCCAUGAUUCAGGUUUAUUUUACACCUUUGAGACUUUAAAGUGAGUAGCAGUGAAAUCUUCAUUCUGCAUCAGAGCAAACCUCACUAAUGUGUUUGUGUGAUUUUCUGCCUUCAUAGUGACUCUUCCUGCAGUAAUGACAGACUUUGUGUUUGGCUUUUAGAGUUCUCUUGAGCUGGAUCAGCAACGGUACUUUUAAAUGUGAAGAAAUUCUUAAACUUAUAUUCAAUGAAAAUGGCAUCUAAGUGUAAACAGCAGUUAAAGACUAAAUCCAGACAGUUUCAUUGGCUGUAACCACCAACCCCCCAAGCCACUUAACGGUUUCCUGACCUGACAGGUGUGUUUCAGCCCAGUCAGGCGUAACGCUUGGCUGGACCCACCUGUAAUUACAGCUCUGGAGAUUCUCUUCCUGUUCCCCAUCAAGACAAAAAGUAUCUCAGCACCUUCAUGUGUGGACUCGCCUCGUCAAACGUCACAGGCUCUGGAAUCAACCGGAAAAUUAAACAUCAAUUAGUCUUUCAACAAAUCUGUACUUUCACCCGCUUUUCCUGCUGUGUGUGUGUGUGUGUGUGUGUGCGCGCGCGUGCGUGUGUGAUGAAACACAGUGUUAAUGCAGUCUAGAAGACUGUCCUGUAAAUGUCAUACCAGAGAUGAUUGAUUGGUACUCUGCUAAAACAAAUCUAUACACCAACACUCCUACCACAUCUGUCUCUGCUAUAGAAAACAACAGGCUGUGAUUACAGUAUGGCUGCUGUAGAAUAGUGUUGCUAGGAAACAACUUGAAUCCAACUUCACUUCAGGUAAAACGCUCACAUCAUUAGGAAACUUGUGCAGCGUUUUGAGUGAACCUCUGCUGUUGCUGCAGCUUUCCAGUGGUGAUGUGUGGUGAAUUAAGGUUACUAUGGAGUGAAAAGGUUGAGUUUGAGUUUAGAAACAGAUGCAACUAAUACUAAAGCUACUAAUUCUAGUGCAUUGUUGUAAUUGCUGAAAACUGACCCAUUGUUCAUGUGACAUUAGUUUAACUUGUAUAUUUUCAGCUGUGACAAAAUCUGGGUAUGAGAAAGAAAGGAGCUCUGUGAUGUCAAGCUUCGUUCCUCUGCCUUCUAAUGGAUGGGAGAGCUGGCUCUGUCUCCCCGUCUGGCUCCCUCAUGCCUGCCUGUAUUAGGAGAUUCCUCUCUUGUUUCUGGAGCAAGAGGCGGGCCUUUGGAAAGCAGGAAUGCUCUGGAAGUUUUCCUGUGAGCUCCCCUUCACAUGUUGAAGAGCGUCUGAUAUGGACAUGUGGCCGCUGGUGCUCCUGUUGGUCCAGCUCUGCGUCUGCUCCGGGUAUGAAGGGUCAGGACAGUACGCCUACGGAGACGAUGAGGACUGGUAUUCCCGUAGAUAUAAAGACUGAGCAGGUCAUUCCAGACUUCUCACCCCUCUAGCAACACUUUCCAGUUUCUCCUGGGCGGUGCAGUGGGUUCCUAGACCAGAAGAGAUAUGUGAUCCCUCCAGCGGGUUUCUGAUUAACACCGGGGUCUCCUGCCAGUCGGACGUGCCUGGAAAACCCCAAGGAGUCAUCUCAAGUAGAAGAACAAACCACCUCAGCUGGCUGUCAUUCUUUCAUUCUGUCUUACGGUCACUACAGAGUUUAUGACUAUAGAUCUCAGGAUCUCAGGUGGCUUGAAUAACACUGAUCAUCUCUUUACAAUGGAGUGAUCCUGUGGGAGUGGCAGUAAUGUGGAUGUUUCUAUGAGAUCCACCUGAACAACCAUCAACUCCAGUAGGACCUGUCACAUCAGGAAUGACUUGAGGAACACAACCAAGACCUCAAGGCCUCCAAGCUCCCCAGAACCCAAUCUGAUUAGACUUCUAUGGGAUCACUGAACCUUCUGAUCCAUGGAGGCCCCACCCUGCAACCCACAGGACUCAGAAGAUCCACUGCUGCUCUUCUGGUGUCAGGAACCACAGGAAACCCUCAGAGCUGCUUUUGGUGGCUGAAGGAUGACCUACACAGUAUUUAACAAGAACUUUUAAUGUUGUGGCUCAUCCAUAUUGGUCUGUCAAGUCUAACAAAUUUCAUCUAUUCAUGUACAUUUUAGUAUUUUACAGACAGGCAAAAAUAAUCAAAAAUAGAUUUUGACAUUGUUUUGGAAUCUAACAUAAGUUAGCUGAAUAAUUACUUCAGGGAUGCUGGAUUAGAGCCAGAAAUAGUAUUUUUGUAUUUUGCCUUGUCUUUAAAAAAAAUCAUAAUUGAACACCAGGUAGUUGAGCCAGUUUUGCAGACAGACACGGUUACGUCAAAGUGGCUUCCAGCUUUAAAUUCAGAGUCAGUUCGACAUGGAACAUUAUUAUCGAGGCCAAACCAAACUCUGCUCUUGUGUAAAAGCUCAAAUAUAGUAUUAUUUUCUUUUACUCGGUGGCUGUGGAAACUUUGCACACACAGAGAGAGAGGGAGCUGUGUAAUGAAUGCUCAUUUUAUUCCAACUGGAAAUCAGCCUGAGCUUGUGUGUAUCUUCCUCUCCAAGUGUGUUCAUCCUGAGCCAGCAGGAAGUAAACUGCAGAUUUUGAUUUCCCUGAAUUGGAAUAAGAACCUUGGGGCCCCUGAAACUUGGCAUCAGACAAGGAACUUUUAGACAAGCGUUGUAGAGAUGGGCAGCGAUCCAGGCUUAAAGGACACAAGUUGAAAGGUCUUAAAGGACCAGUUUGACAUUUUCUGGAAUUACGCUUUUCUGCUUUUUUGCUGAGAGUUUAAUUAAAAGUCUGAUAUCAUUUUCAUCUUUUGUGAUAAAUGUGAAGCUACUGCCAACAAUCUAUCUGCAGAGAUUACCUUUGGAAAGCUAGCUGUUUAUCCCUGUUUUCUGUAUUCAGGGUCAGUUAGUCGAACUGUCUGGAGCUUCAUACUUUAACGUACACCGUCAGUCAUCGCAUUUAAUUCCACAAAGAAUGCAGAAACGUGCAUUUUCUGAAAUUUCAAGCUGUUUUUUAUUAGAGCACCAUUAUUCUCGUCUAAAACAGAUCUUUCUGUGGUCAAGCUGAGAAAGGAAAUGGAAAUGGAUCCAGUGGACAAUAAACAGAGAUGAUAGCUAAA